AUGGUAGUAGCGACCUCCGUUAGCCGAAACAUCUCCAGCGGCAAUGCUGUUCAAAUCAACGGGCCUGUGGCAGAUAAGGUCUAUAAUCUUAACUUCAAGACUCUAGUUGUGUCUCCAGACUGCAAGUGCGGCUGGGGUACAGAGAUAGUCUCGUCUGGGAACGAAUCAGCACUGCCGAGUAGAUGCGCGGCGAAGAUGCCGAACAAGAGCAAAGUACUCAAGACUCUAUCUUCGUCGAAAGUGUCCGGGAAAUUUACUGUACAAUUGCCAAAAAAGACAUCGGAUAAAUGUGUCCUCCAAGGCCAAAAUCUAACUCUCAACUCAAGCACGAGUGACACCCGUCAUGUGGUUCGCGCCAUAUUCCGACCCACCGUUUUGAACAAUUUCAUUGCACACAAGAUUGUGCGCCGUCUAAGUCUUGUAGUGUACAGCGAUUCUUCGUUUACGAUGGAGGCUACUUCGGAUCGAAUUCACCUUCCGCCCACCAAUGAUUAUGUCGAUCUCGCUCGGUACUCGCAAGAGGGAAAAGAAGAAUUCGCCAUAUGUCGCUUCUACGUUGUCAAGGAUAGUCGGUUCGAUCUUCUAUUUGGUGCUGGCUCAGUCAACACUUAG